CUUUUUUUCAGGACGAAAACGAGACGCUGACGAGCUAAACAUGGCUCUUUGAUGACUAAAACGCGACGAGUCGUGUGUGAGUUUUUGUUGACAAGACGAGAGUGGACAACGAAAAGGAAGUUUGAGCCUUUGUGGAUGAUGACUUCUUGGAGUGACCGUCUGCAGAACUAUGCCGAGCUCCCAGCCAACAUGGAUGGUGUUGCUCUCAAGAAGUAUCGACGUGAAGCUCAUCACAGAGUCUUUGUCAACCGAAGCUUAGCAAUGGAGAAGAUCAAGUGCUUUGGUUUUGACAUGGAUUACACUCUGGCAGUGUAUAAAUCUCCUGAAUAUGAAUCGCUUGGCUUCGACUUGACGGUGGAGCGCCUCGUUUCCAUUGGAUAUCCACAGGAACUGCUCAACUUUGUCUAUGACCCCUCCUUCCCGACUCGAGGCCUGAUCUUUGACACAAUGCAUGGCAACCUGCUCAAAGUGGAUACAUAUGGCAACAUCCUGGUUUGUGUGCACGGCUUCAACUUCUUAAGAGGGGCUGAUACUAGAGAGAUCUACCCCAACAAAUUUAUUCAGCGUGGCGACACAGACCGCUUCUCCAUCCUCAACACUCUCUUCAACCUGCCUGAAACCUACCUCUUCGCCUGCUUAGUUGACUUCUUCAGUAACUGUUGUCGAUACUCAAGUUGUGAGAUGGGCUUCAAAGAUGGGGACCUCUUCAUGUCUUAUAAAAGCAUGUUCCAGGACGUUCGAGACGCUGUGGACUGGGUUCAUUUCAAGGGGUCCCUAAAAGAAAAGACUGUUGAAAACCUGGAAAAGUAUGUGGUAAAAGAUCCAAAGCUUCCUCUCCUACUCAGUCGCAUGAGUGAAGUAUCCAAAAUAUUCCUGGCAACCAACAGUGACUACAAGUACACAGAGAAAAUUAUGACCUACUUGUUCAAUUUCCCUCAUGGUCCAAAGCCGGGUACAGCCCACAGGCCGUGGCAGUCAUACUUUGACUUGAUCCUGGUCGACGCUCGCAAGCCUGUCUUCUUUGGAGAGGGAACAGUCCUGCGACAGGUUGACACUACAACUGGUCGACUGAAGAUUGGCACGUAUACUGGUCCCCUCCAGCAUGGGAUUGUGUACUCUGGAGGUUCUUCUGACAUGGUGUGUGACUUGUUGGGGGUGAAGGGCAAAGAUAUUGUCUACAUUGGAGACCACAUCUUUGGUGACAUUCUAAAAUCCAAGAAGCGCCAAGGUUGGAGAACCUUCCUGGUGAUACCAGAAUUGGCCCAGGAGCUUCAUGUGUGGACGGAAAAGAGCUGUAAGAUUGAACCCAUACACACAUCCAUAUUUGAAGAGCUCCAAUCUCUUGACUGCUUCCUUGCUGAGCUUUACAAGCAUCUGGAUAGCAGCAGCAAUGAGAGUCCUGAUAUCAGCUCACUCCAGCGACGUAUUAAGAAAGUCACACAUGACAUGGACAUGUGCUACGGCAUGAUGGGAAGCCUGUUUCGCAGCGGAUCGCGUCAGACUCUGUUUGCCUCUCAGGUGAUGCGUUACGCUGACUUGUACGCCGCCUCCUUCAUCAACCUGCUCUACUACCCCUUCAGCUACCUCUUCAGAGCGCCACAUGUCCUGAUGCCUCACGAGUCCACCGUGGAGCACACGCACGUGAACAUUAACGAAACUGAGUCCCCGCUGGCCACCAGAAACCGCCAUGGCUUGGACUUGAAGGAGGUGGAAUCCAAGCGACUCCAACUCAGCCGAUCCGUCAACGACAUGCAGCCCCCUCAUUUCUUCCCUCAGGCUCCACAGGAGAUCACCCACUGCCAUGAUGAGGAUGACGAUGAGGAAGAGUAGAUGAUAUGAUGGAAUAUUUGAUCCUUUCUGUUUUAUUUCAAAGGACAUUUAAGUGAUGACAAAAGCUCUUCUCCCCACUGAAUGCUGUUACUGUUUCUAGUAUACACAUACUGUAUAUACACUGUACUGUACAUACAGUCUGGAUUGUUCUCUUAUAAAAAGUCAAUCAUUCAUCCACCUCACAGGUGGGGCAAAUCAAGAUGCUGAUUAGACAGCAUGAUCAUAGCACUUGUGCCUUGGGCUGGCCACAAUAAAAGGCCACUCCACUGAAUAUCACAACAUUGUGCCCUAGGAUUUCAUCACAGUAUAUCUGUGCUUUCCAAAUGGCAUCAAUAAAAUGCAAUAAAAUGUGUUGAUUAUCUACGACAUACACCUGCCCAUACCAUCACCCCACACCAGGUGCUCAGUGGCGGAGCCAGAAAUGUUUCAUUGGGGUGGACCAGGUGAGACCAUUACUCACA